AUGGGUUACGCCCACUUUCAAGUCCACACUGACGACUCGCUUACGGCGAUGCAGACAGCCUGGGAGAAGAUGCACGAGAACCUACCCGUGUUCCGGGAGCUUGGUCCUGAGUGCAGCGACUUCAAUAUUCCCAAGUUACACAACAUUCGACACUAUAUCGACUCCAUUCGUCUACUCGGGUCAGCAGAUGGGUACAAUACGGAGAACACCGAGCGUUUGCACAUCGAUCUUGCCAAGAACGGCUAUCGCGCCUCCAACCGCCGUGAUUAUAUUCAGCAAAUGACCCGCUGGCUGACUCGUCAAGAAGCCGUACAUCGCUUUUCUCUAUAUCUACAGUGGGCAUGUCCGGGCUAUUCGCCUGGCCAGGGCUAUCGACCGCCGCCCAAUGUCGACUGGGACGACUGGGAACAGGCCGACGACGCAGAUAAUGAGGAGGACGAGGCAUUUGACGAAACCCCUCAACAGGUCACCUAUGAUAUUGCUGCUCGGCCUGCCUAUCCGAAUCUGUCUGCUUCCGAUAUUCAAACCCAAUUUCAAGUCCGCGACUUUCUGUUCUAUGUCAACGAGUUCCUGAACCAGCACAAGCUUCCUGGGGGUGAAUUGCUGCGGUCAACAAGGCGUUUUGGUGCUUUUAAGAGGGCUGCUCUGUAUCUUCCAGCCCUACGGGCAGCGGAAACAGAGUCUGAGAAGCCUGAUGUGAUACAAGCUAUUCUUGCGGCCGAUGGCACCAUGUCCAACAAGGGUCUCAAGCGUGGCAGUCCCGCCAAAUUCAGCACCGUGCUCGUUCGCAUCAGUGACAGCAACUGGAAGGAUGGUCCGCUUAGUGGUAACUAUUUCGUCUCUUUGCCUCUCACUUGGCUUACCUGGAACUUACUAGGCCUUCAAGUCGCCCACGUUAAGCUUAUAUUUCGUCUUCCUAUGGAAAUUAUGGUACAUGAGGCUCCACUCCUCUAUGUCCAUUGGUUCACUCCCUUCCAUGACAUGCUGGCUGACUUCGAGUCUCCUUCCGGACUUUCCCGCAUUUCCCACUCAAAUACCGUUGGACAGCGUCGCUCAUCAGUCAUUUCGUUGGCUGAUGUGGUUCAAACAUGCCAUCUCAUCCCCAAGUUCGCCACAACCACAAAUCCUGACUGGGACUGUAACAGGGUGUUGAACCAGGUGACAACUUUCUAUUUCAAUCCUUAUCUUCGGUACCGUGAUUUCUACCUGUUUCGUUAUAACAUGUACCUUAUAACUGAGUACCACAAGCGCAAGCAGGCUGAGCUAGCUGCCAAGCUUGCACGAGGGGCAAAUAAUAUUCGAUUUUAG